GCCUGAUAAACAGCGCCCUCAAGUGUUGAAAUUUGACACAUGCGCAGUUAUACGUUCUCUUUAGCCCAACAUGUCGAAGAGAGGACGUGGUGGUUCGUCUGGCUCCAAGUUCCGUAUCUCCCUGGGUCUCCCAGUGGGAGCGGUCAUCAACUGCGCUGACAACACAGGCGGGAAGAACCUGUUCGUGAUUGCUGUCAAAGGGGUGAAGGGUCGUCUGAACAGGUUGCCAGCGGCAGGAUGCGGUGAUCUCUUUGUCUCUACCGUCAAGAAGGGAAAACCAGAACUCCGAAAGAAGGUCAUCCCGGCGGUGGUUAUCAGGCAGAGGAAACCAUUCAGGAGACGCGAUGGAGUGGUGCUGUACUUUGAAGACAAUGCGGGGGUAAUCGUCAACAACAAAGGAGAAAUGAAAGGCUCAGCCAUCACUGGACCUGUUGCCAAGGAGUGUGCUGACCUAUGGCCUCGUAUCGCUAGCAACGCCGGAAGCAUUGCCUGAUGAGUGGCUCAACGAGGCCCAGUGUCCCCCAUCCAAUGUGUUGGCAGUGAAAUUGAAGUUGACAGAAAAAAAAAUCGCUUACUCGGUACUUUUUGUCACGUUUGGGCCCGAGUCCCGUACAAGUGUGAUGUAAUGGGGCAAUUUCAUCAUUUAACAUUUCACUGCAGAAUUUAACCUGUGAGUCAACAUCACACAUCGUGGGUAAAACAAUGUAGAGAAGUGCUUCAUAUGAAUAAAGACAAAGUGAAACUCCCAAA